AGAGAGAGAGAGAGAGAGAGAGAGAGAGAGAGAGAGAGAGAGCUGUUAAAUAAACAGAGACACAGUGAGGAGCUGAACUCAGUGGGUCUCCUCUUGAACUCAUCUGUCCCAUCAUGGCUCUUUCAGGAUCUCAAUCACCGGAUGAUGCUCUGCACAUGUCUUGGGUGGAGCUGGAGGGUCAGAGAGAUGACCCAGCGGGACCACAGGACACAACGACCUCCAUGCUGCAGGGGGAGUUAGAGAGAAUCCUGCUGGAAGCUCAGCUGGAGUGUGAGAGUAGUCAAACUGAAAGUCCUCCGCAGGUCGUGACCCCGAGAACACCUGGGUCACCUAAACCAGCCAGUGAGGGCGGCAGCAGCAGCACAGAUUGUGUUACUAUACAGUCGGAUGAGAGUGACAGAAGGGUGAGUGCUGAAUGGGUGUGGGAUUGGUCCAGUCGCCCAGAGAACCUGCCACCCAAGGAGUUUGUGUUUCAUCACCCAAAGCAGUCUCUGAGCAUGAGGAAGACGGAAGUGAUGAAGAGGGGCUUUUUUUCCUCAGAUGUGCUCCUCAUCCUCCUCCCCUCUCUGCUUGCCUCACAUGCUCUUACGUUGGGUCUGGGAAUAUACAUCGGCAAAUGACUGGCAUCCUCCUCUACCAGCACGCUGUGACACGUGACCUUCGGCAGCUCACCGACUGGCUGAGAUUGCUGCCGCUAGCACUGUAGCUCAAUUACGCCUCUUUUCUCUUCCCGUGAUGGGGCAAAUGAGAGAGCAAAGCUCCUCUUGACACUGUCUGUACAUGUCCUGUCCCACCACUAAACAAGACAAGUCUGUCUCUCUACCUCCACACCUUUAAAGGGGUCAUAUCAUGAGGAAACAAAUCUUUCUUGAUCUUUUGAUCAAAAGGAGUGAGAGUAAUAUUUUGAAGAGUAAAAUGUCAAACAUUGUGAUGUUUCUGGCUGUGUGUAGCACCUGCCGCUCUGCAGCUCCAUCUGAACAAUCCCAACAUUAGAAUCCAGUGGAAAAGAGAGGGUCAUGAAACACCAAAUCACGACAAAGCAAACAACCAGAAAAGUGCAGGAAAAAAAAAAAUGCAAGAUUGAAUGAUAUGACCUCUUUAACAUAUUAAGGACUAGAGACUGUUCAGCAGGUUUGUUUUUGUAGUUGUUUCCGUUUUAUUCUCAAACUAUGUGUCCAAAAAGUAAUGUGUUCAUUGUGUCCAGUGUAAUACAGUGAACUUGAAUGCCCUUUAAUGCACUGAAAUCUGGUGCAAACAGAGAGGAGCAAACCAUAAAUGAGAAGCUAAGAGAGCGAGCGAGCAUAACAAAUAACAGGAAUAUUUUAACAAUAACAUCAAAUGCAAGUUUGAGUGGAAAUCAUUUAAUUUCGGAGAAAUUAUGACUGUAUCCUGUAUGUCUAGAUUGGAAAUGCAGAAGUGUAACUAAAAAAUGACAAAUAUUGUGUUUGCAAUGUAUUGUGUGAUAAAAUGUGAAAGUAACUGGAGCUAAUCUGGUUAUCUGGUCAGAUGUAUCUAAUUUGCAAUGUCUUGACCACAAUAAAUGUCACUGUUGUUA